AUAUAUACAUACACAAAACCAAUUUUAUACUUUUUGUUUUACCAUGAAGCUGUUAGUUUUCAUUGCUGUGCUUAAACUCGUUACUUGUGGCUACUUGCCGCCUCCUGACGGUUACUAUGACAACCGGACGCCAACAUGUGCGUGCGACGAAGCGCAGAUUUCCACUUUAGCUGAGAAAAUAUCGCAGCUAGAGCUGAAUUUGGAAACUCAAAGAUCAAGAUCGGAUUCUCUGGAAAAGAGGCUUACACAUCACGAAAGGAACAAGCGCCAGGCGGUAUACGGUCCAGUUGCGUUUACAGCCUACCUUUCACACUGGGAACAAGACCUUGCCAUCGGACAACCUGUUGUAUUUGACACGGCACUGACAAACGAGGGCGGCUUCUAUAGCACAAGCACAGGAAAAUUUACCGUCCCUCUUGAUGGACUUUAUAUCUUUUCCUUCAUGAUCGAAACCAAACAUGCGGUAGAUACAGCUGUUAGGCUUGUUGUAGAUGGGGUUAAUAUGUUAGAUGCAGUUGUGGAGCCGCGACAUACAGGACAAAACUUACAGGGUGGUAAUGUGGGUAUCUUCAAACUGCAUAAAGGUGCGACAGUAUGGGUUGAGAAUUACAAUAGAGAACAUCAAACCCUGGAGGGACAGGAUAGUUACAGGUUCAACACAUUUUCGGGAGCUCUGCUGUCUGAGGUUGAAGACUUUGUAUCCACGGUGGGAUAGCAUGCUGGAAAAUGAUGCCUGCUGCUGGUCAAUUUCCUCUCUCUGACAUUCUCUUUACUGCAAAGGGAGGCUAUUUCGUGGGGGAAUAAUUGAUGUGAUGCUUUUUGUCUUUGUACACGCAAUUUACAAGAUAUCAAACACAUUUAUACUGCAUAUUAUAAAAAUCGUAACAAUUUACAAAUGUUUUGUCAUCUAAUAAUAUUUCUCUGUUUUCCCUGCAUCAUAAGAUUCAUAGAAAUAUAGGUCUUACAUAAAGCAAAUAUAUCAACAACGUUCUUGCAAAUGUUCUCAGCGGUGGAAUCUAAGUAUUUAACUCACUUACGAAAAAAGGCAUGUGGUACUUUCUCAAAACGAAUUAAUGCCGUUUCCAGAUAGUUCAAAAUAUUUAACGAACAGAUUUUCGUCACUCUUAAUAUGUUUGUAUAUAUGCUGUUUUCAGAAAAGAUAUAGGUAUUUCA